AAGUCAGCUAGUACCUUCUGGAGUCAGGGCAGAGGUGAAAGGCCCCCAGAGCCAGCACAUCAUCGUAGCUGUGAUCCUGACCAAGCUCUUUUCCGGCUGUGAAAUCCCAGUCCUCAAAAAUGAGUGAGUAGAGAGCGACGUGCACGAAUCUGAUAUCACCCUUUUCGAGGAGACAGAUGGAUGAAAGAUGUUCAAUGGAUGAAAGGAGAGAAUUGCCACGGCGUAAGGUUGCAUUAACCCUGGGAGUUACAUGUAUUUUCCUCCUGCUGGCAAGCACAGGCUUAAGAUAUCUGCUUUUUCAUAGGUAUUCUGGUGCCACCAGGCAAGAUAUGAAAAAAACAGAAGAAAAAAAUGCUUCCUUAGCAGAAGUUGGAGAUCACUCAAUUCACUGUAAUCAAUUCAGUACAGACAAUGACACAUUUCAAGGAAAAUGGUACUGUUGUCGAAAAAGCUGUUACCACUUUUCAAAAGAAGAGGAAACUUGGGAGAGGAGCAAGGUGGCAUGCCAAGAUCUGCAGUCUAGUCUCGUGAAGAUUGAUACUAAAGAGGAGCAAAUCUUCAUUCAAUCAAAAAUAACAUACAAUUAUUGGAUUGGAUUAAAGGUAGGACCCAAGAAUCCCCGAAAGUGGCUGGAUGGCUCAAUCGUAUCUCAGAGUCUGAAUUUAGAACACCGUGGACCGACUGUAAAAUGUGCAUGCCUCAAGCCAUCAAUUAUUUUUACUACUAAUUGUAGCAGACUCUAUCAUUACAUUUGUGAAAAGGAGUUCUCUGGCCCUGAUAAUUAAAAGA